AUGUUUCGCUUUUGGUCCUCGGACUCGUCAUCGCCGAAGCCUCUGGAACCAUUACAGCAAGUCCAAGAUAUCAACAACCCCUUGCGACCAACGACCGAGAUCACGACCGACGCCGCAGCGCAAUCGCCGAAGCGCAGACGGCAGAGCUGCGACGAUAGAGCCUCACCUGAUUUGACAGUGCCCGCGAAGAAGGCUCGGCUGGAAGAUGUCGGCCCCAGCGGUUUGGUGCCGUCGAGCGAGCGCUGUGCGCCGCGGUCUCUUGGGAACCCAGACGACGUCCAAAGCCUGCGCGACAAGAUUGAACAUAUUUUAGGAACCGAGAUACUUGUCAAGCACAACGAGAAGCGUUUAAUCGAUCUGGAAUUAGCAAAGUGCCAGGCUGCACUGGAACAACUGCGCAGAUGCCAUUUGAUACCUUUCCCCGUGAGCCAGGCAACGCCUGAACAAAUGAUCGCAACAUCGAAUGGUACCGGUCCUGCUAUUAAACCCAACGCUGGCGGCCCUGUACCGCGUUGGGCGCCGCCCUUUGGUGUUACAGACGGCCCGUAUGCUCGACAUUACGCCCAGUGGCUCAUGCCAGAUCCAGCAUUUGAUGGCUUGGAACCGGAAGGAUUCUUCUCUGUCGAUGGUGGUCGCAUUAUUCUCCCUGUUACAGAGGGAAGAACUACGAGACAAACUAUCGCUGACUUUGUCGGUCCAAACCGAGGCCGGUCUUCUCGCGGACUUCCGGGACACAAGAUUCAAUCAUUACCGAGCGGGCGUCCUGAACCCAAGAAGAAGUCCGGUCCAUGCAUCUUGAAGCGAGCUGACGGGCAAACUGUGAAACUUGUGUGCCUCGAUUGCCAAAGAGAAGACUUCUCCAGCACCCAGGGGUUCAUUAACCAUUGCAGAAUUGCUCACAAGCGUGAUUUCAAGAGUCAUGAAGAAGCGGCAGUGAAGAGUGGCCAGGCUUUCGAGGCUUCAGAGCCAAGUCCAAGUUCGAUCACACCCACUGAGGAUAAGCCACCAGCUACCCCUGUAGUGAAGCCAACGACAUCUGUCCAUCCAUUUGCGCGCGCCGAUAUGACUGAGCAACAAGCUUACAUCGCACUUCGAUCCCGGAUAGCUGAUUCAAUGGAGUUGAUACGGCAAGGCAAACUUCCUGGGUUCGCACCUUUGGCUAUGGCGAGGGCGAAACCCUCCACUGCGAGCACUGGCCGACAAGGUGGAGAUGAGGCUGAUGUGGUUCCGGAAACACCAUAUCUUUCUCAGCUACUCAAGGCGAAGGCCUUCGGCGGCAAGCUACGAGAUAUUGUUAAUGACGCUAAGACCAAGGAAGCACUGAGCGACGUCUUGCCUGACGAGGAGGACUGGGAACUAGACGAACCUUCAGAUUCACUGCCUACUCGGCCCCCAGUUGUUAAGCGCGUACCGGCCAAGAGCACCAAAUCUCCGGUGGCAGCAGCAGCCCGCCCUGCCGGCCAUAAACACCACGAAAGUCCACUUGCGACCCAACGUCAGCAUCAUCGUAUUGUGUCUACCACUUCCGACGAGGACGCAGAAAUGGAAGAACCCUCGUUGAGCCCCAACACAAUAAUAAGCAAUAACGCCCCCUCGCUCGUUAGCGACGAUGGGGAGUAUGACGACUCCGAUGAAGGAUCAUCGGUCUCUGGCCAGAGCGAUGGCCUGGAUACAGAGUCAGUCUCCGACAUUGCCGAGAUCAACAUUGAUGACGAGCAUGACCCGCGUGGUCUUCGUCGUACAUCCACCGGCGUUCCAAGCACUGUUCGGCUUCGACAAGAAGAUCCCAAGCAUGUUACCUUUGUUAGCCCUAUGACGGACACCCGAAAGGAGAAUCGCCGUCAGAAGGCAUGA